AUGAGCAAGAAAGAUUCGUCAAGAAUGUCGAGGAGCAUUGGGAUUGACUCAACGUUUGAUGCUGAUGAGUAUGGAACGAUGAUGAUGGAUACUCCUGUGUGGAAAUGCAGAGAGAGCAAAGACGUAAAGAAGGUUGAGCAUGCAAUCGCCAAUGCAAAUAUUCAAAGAGUGCAAUCGAGAGGAUGGUGCCUAUAUGCAUCUAUUGUGAUUCCAUAUGUCUUAAUACUUGCUCUUUUUGUGAAAAAGCCUGCAGACUCUAUGAUGAUGAUUGGCUUGAUGGAAGAGAUUGAUAUUCUGAAAGCUGAGAAUGCUGUUAUAAAUCAGCUCAUAAAAGGCCUAAAGGAAACUAGGGAAGCCAACUAUGCGAAGAUUGAAGAAGGUGCAAGAGUAAGAGUUGAUGAGCCUUCACAGCUGUAUUCGUAUGGAUUCAUUGGGCUCAGGAAGCAUGCAAGUCCUGAUGUGAUACUUGGCGAAAGGUUUGAUGAGGGAGAAUGCUUGGCGUUCAGGGGCAGUAAUGCCAGGUUUUCAAUCGAUUUUGGAGCCGAGAUUGAGAUAAGCAAGGUUGGGAUAUACCAUCCGCUGACAAAAGAUACAAGCAGUGCGGUACGUGAGUUUGAGGUCUUUAUUAAGAAUAAUGAAGAAUAUCGCAGCAUAGGUGUGUAUGAAUACGAUACACAUGUAUGUGGCCUUCAAAAGUUCGAUGUUGGCAGCCACAAGGCACUGUCGGUUGACUUCGUUGCCAAAAGCAAUGGGGGAAACAAGAACUUUACCUGUUUUUACAAAGUGUAUCUUAUUGGAAAUAAAUGA